GUAAUUAGUAAUGUUAGAGUAACAAGUUUUUAUUUGUUCAUUAUUUAUUUUUUGUAUUUUAUUUAUUAUGGACGUAGAAAUAGGAAAGCCAGAAGCGCUAGGGAUUAUAUUAAUAUUUGAAUAUAACUAAUAACUGAAAUCAAAAUGGAAGUGUGUUCUAAUUUUGCUCGUGCUAUUACCCGCAAGAAGCAUAUUGAUGAAGGAACAAUGAAUGAGUCGAAGCUGAGAAGGAUUCUAAAUACUUUUGAUAUAACUGCUCUUGGUGUUGGAUCAACUCUGGGUGCGGGAGUCUACGUACUGACAGGGGCCGUUGCAAAGAAUACCAGUGGACCAAGCGUUGUUAUUGCGUUUCUCAUCGCAGCAUUGACUUCAGUACUAUCUGGUUUAUGUUAUGCCGAGUUUGGAGCACGCGUGCCUAAAGCUGGAUCAGGAUACGUUUACAGCUAUGUUACAGUCGGCGAAUUAUGUGCCUUCGUCAUUGGGUGGAACCUCAUUCUCUCUUACGUGAUUGGUGCUGCCAGUGUUGCCAGGGCUUGGACAGCAAAUUUCGAUGCUUUGCUAGGAAAUAAGAUUGAGACAUUCAUGUUGAGUUGCUGUUCGAUGAACGCUCCUGGACUUGCUGCUUAUCCUGAUAUAUUUUCCUUCGUUAUUAUCAUUAUUUUAACAGCUCUAAUUGCUUUCGGUGUGAAGGAGUUUGCAGUUGUCAAUAAAAUUUUCACUGUGUUGAAUAUCUGUGUUAUCAUAUUUGUUGUGAUUGCUGGACUCACUCAUGCCAACUUAGAAUACUGGAAUCUCACACCCGAUCAAAUCUACAACAUGACUAUUGAAGCGAAUAACACUGUUAAUGUUACGUAUGGUGAAUAUGGAACCGGUGGAUUUGCUCCGUAUGGAUUUGCAGGUUUAAUAUCGGGAACUGCAACAUGUUUCUAUGCUUUCGUUGGCUUCGAUUGCAUCGCAACAACAGGCGAAGAAGCAAAAAAUCCACAAAAGGCAAUUCCGUUGGGUAUUGUUUUCUCAUUGACCAUCUGUUGUUUCGCCUACCUCCUAAUUUCAUCAACGCUAACACUAAUGCAACCAUACUUUCUUCUGGACACUGAUGCUCCGUUACCGUACGCUUUUGAGUAUGUCGGACUAGAAUGGGCAAAAAUACCAGUUUCGAUCGGAGCAAUUUGUGCUCUCUCUACCAGUCUGCUGGGGUCCAUGUUUCCGAUGCCUCGUAUCAUCUAUGCUAUGGCAGUGGACGGACUUCUCUUCAGUUUUUUUGCAACGGUCAGCAAGAAAACAAAAACACCUGUGAUCGCAACUUUCAUCUCUGGAACAUUAGCAGGUAUCAUGGCUGUCCUAUUUGAUUUGAAGGAAUUAGUUGAUCUGAUGUCAAUCGGAACAUUGGCUGCAUACACUCUCGUUGCUUCAUCUGUCAUGUUAUUAAGGUAUCAGCCAGAAAAGCGACCUCGUUUGAAGCACGUAUCUUCCAUGAAACCUGGUGGGUUCGACGGUGAAAAAGCCAUGAUGGACACAGCACCAAUGACCACUGAUAAUGGUUACACUGGCCAUGAAAGGAAGAGUUCAUUCAAUGUGGUACAUUUAGUCAUACCAAGGGGCAGCAGUCCCACUGAAAUGUCAUCAACAAUUGUUAACUGGGCAACUGUUAUUACCGGUACUUCAAUGGUUUUAUUCAGCAUUGUUGCAAUAAUAGCUGGCAAGAAUGGAUGGACGACUGGAUCUAUAUUAUUUGCUUGUAUAUUUGGCGUUGUCAUCAUAGGUGCAAGCAUUGUGAUAAUUCUUCAACCUCAAAACAAUGAAAAAUUAACGUUCAAAGUGCCUCUUGUUCCAUUUAUUCCUAUAAUCAACAUGUUCGUAAAUCUAUAUUUGAUGGUUUCACUGCCUGUCAGUACGUGGUAUAAAAUGGUUAUAUGGAUGGUUGUAGGCUUCGUAAUCUACUUUGGUUAUGGAGUUCGACAUAGUGUUGAGGGACUUAACGAUGCUGCCGGUCAAAAUGGAGAUGUUAGAUUUAUGAACAAUCACGACGAAGGGUAUGCCGUUGUUCCUACGCAAGAUGACGAACAACCUUUGGAAGAAAAAGAAUCAGAAAUUUAAAAAGAAGAUUUAAUAAUAAAAAAACAAUUUUUAAAAAGGAGGAAUAGGAAAUAAUCAACUUGCGAAGUUGAAAAUAAUUGAUAAUUUUUGUGCCUUAUUUUUUGGUGUUGUCGCUGCUUCACUAUCUCUCAAAGUUGUGUGUAAGAACUACUGGUUUCGUAGAUUUUCAAGCGUUACUGAUCGAGUCCUAAAGAAAGUAAUAAUUCAAUGGGUGUUCAUAAAGUCGUGUGUUAAAUUAGGUAAAAGAACUUUGAUGUGCGUCGUUCUGAUAAUGAUGGCCAUAUAAAGAUGUAUCAAAUGAAGUAAAGAACACUAAAAACUAGUUAAGAUAUAUGGGCAACUCACUUCAUAACAAAAUUGUAACAGGACUUAAUGAACACCCUGAGCUUUAUAAUGAGUUUUCCGUAUUAUUUGGAUAUGUUCUACAGUACUAAAUUUCUAAAACUGUAUAUCAAAAUUGAUUUGGGUGUUGAAUUUCCAAGGGUUACCCAUAAAAAUAAUUAACUGAAUAAAAAGCUCGUCCAGGAGAUUUGUUUGAGUUAUUAUUCAAAUUAUUUGUUGUCAGCAAGAUGCAAACUUCGAAGAGAAAAUGCCUUUUCUGACUGCUUUUUUGGGUAUAUGAUUAUGACUUUUACACAUUUCGUUAAUACUGAUAUAUUGACCAUGUCCCCAGGUGCUGAGUACUGGGAAUAUCUCUCCCCUAAAGUAAAAUUACUCUGUAAAUAUCAUUAGUCCCAUGCUUGAUAAACA